AUGAAUGACAACAUGUGUAGAAGAUUAUUUCUUGUGAGGAGUAAUUUUCCUGAUGAAUUAGACAAAGAUAAAAACUAUCAAUUUAAAGAUAAAUUAUUCGAAAGCGAUUGCGAUAAUAAUUGUAAGACUGAUAUCGAUAAAAUUAAGGCUGGAUGCUUAUUUUGGUUUAAUGAAUUAUUUGGGAGUUCUUCUUCGUUUAGAAAUCAUGCAAAUAGUAAUAUGAACGUUGUUGCAUACAUUUGGGCGUGGUUAAGUUAUAAGUUAAAUCAAAAACCACAAAAUGAAAUUAAUACAUUAAAUGAUUUCUAUAAUAUGUAUAUAGAAAAUAGCGAAAAGUAUAAAACGUCUAUAGAGCAUGUUGCGGAGUAUAAUACUUAUAUUGAGCUAAUAAAUAAAAAUAAGGAUUUGUUGAAUAUUAAUUUUAAAGAUAUGUCUAAUUUUUAUAAGGCAUUUGUAUUAUUAUGUGAAAUGUAUAAUGGACUUGAUUCAAACAACUCAGAUUGUUCGAAAUAUUUAGUAAAAGCUAAUGAAUUUGCUAAAAAGUAUGAUGAUCUUAAUGAAAAUUAUAAUAAUACUAAAGACAGUCCCUACAAUAAAGUAUUGUCUACAUUAUCAAAUGAUUUUAAUAAUUUUAAAAAUAUAUGUAAAAAUGCUCAUUCUAGCAAUUUUCCAACCCUUCCAACAUAUCCACGAAGAUUAGUAAUAAAAAACACACUAAUUUCAAUUGCAUUUAUAUUUGCUUCAGUAUCAAUUUUAUUGGGAGUUUCUUAUAAGUAUUCGUUAUUUGGAUUUCGGAAACGAUCUCAAAAACAACAUUUAAGAGAAAAGCUAAAAAAAUAA